UUUUCGAUUGCGACAAGAGAAAGAAAUUGAGAAAAACGAUAGAUCUAACAAGUCUCUCAUUGCCUUAAAGGUACCCUUUUGUGUGGCUGAAAGGCUACACUUUACCUACCUACCCUUCUAAACCAACCCUUAUAAUUUUCACUUAUUACUAUCUAACACCACACCACACCACCCAGAAAUAACUAAUAAGUGUGUAAAGACAUAUAGUGGAGAAAGAAAGAAAGAAAGAAAAAGAGAGAAAAAAAAAAUCAUAUGAACCAAUCCAACAGGUGCUUGGAGAUCCACCUUUGCUUCAUUACGUUGCACUUGGCUUUUUGUUUUUGCUUUUUUGCUCUUUAAUUCUCACCCUCCCACUUAUUCAACACCAAUUUUAGAUUUAUUAUAUAUUUUUAAUAAAGAUAUUUAUAUUCUCCAAUCUCCAUUUCUCGAGAAUAUAAAUGAACUAUUUAAUAUAAAUAGAAUAUUGAUUUUAUUUUUUGUUUUUUCUUUAUUUCCUCUUUGUUUAUUUAAAUCAAUAAAACCCAUGUCUCAAUUUCCAAAGAAAGAAAUUGAAAUCCCCAGUUAUAUAAUAGGUAAUUCUAAGAAUAGAUUAUAGCCAAUACUAAUGGAGAUUAGAGAGAGAGCUAUAUUUGUGGUCCCAUUAUUAUUGCUAUACCUGUAAAUGACAGUUAUCUUUGUUUGACCUUUGAUUAGAUUUAGCAGCGUAAACUGAUUUUGGGGCCUUUCAUAUAAAGAUAUAUUUUUUAUUUUAUAUAUAUAUAUAAAAAAAAGCUGUUUAGAAGAACAGAGAGAAAUGUGGAGGAGGAAAUGGUGGUCUUAUGGAGGAAGUCUGCUACUGAAGCAGACCCAGAAAUCAUUCGUGGUUAGCCAUGGCUUACAACGAACAAAAACCCCUUCUCUUCUUCCUCCUUCUUCUUCUACUUUGUUCGGAGGAGUUAGGGUUUUCGUUACCCAAGAUUAUGUAACCUCAAAAAACCUCUGUUUUCUUCCCUUAUUAUCCAUUGGGUCGGCUAGGGCAUUUUCAUCGUCGAUUGACCCUUCAACAUCCAAUGGCAACGGUAAAAGAAGAAAAAACAGCGACGAUGAUGAAGAAGAAAACGGUGAAUCAGAUCCCAUAUCGUUCUCGGAGGCUAAGAAGCUAAUGAGGCUGGUGAAUGUUGAGGCACUGAAAGCGAGACUUGGUUCAGAAGGGAAAGAGGUGAUUUCGUAUUGUGAGCUUUUAGAGGCUUGUGAAAGCAUUGGAGUCGCUAGAACUUCCGAUGAGGCCGCCGCUUUUGCCAGAAUCCUUGAUGAGGCCGGCGUUAUCCUUCUCUUCCGGGAUAAGGUUUAUCUUCACCCAGAUAAGGUGGUGGAUCUGGUAAGAAGAGCAGUUCCCAUUGCUUUAACUCCAGAUGAUGACCCCUUGAGAGAUGAGCUAAGGGCACUGCAUGAGAAGAAGGAAGAAAUUGAUGUCUUGGCUCAUAAACAUGUCCGACGAAUACUUUGGACCGGGCUGGUCCUAGCGACAUUACAGGUUGUGAUCUUUUUCCGGUUAACAUUCUGGGAAUUCUCUUGGGAUGUAAUGGAGCCUAUUGCCUUCUUCUCCACAACUACCGGUUUAGUCAUAGGCUAUGCCUACUUUAUGAUCACUUCAAGAGAUCCAACCUACCAAGACCUGAUGAAGAGGCUCUUCCUCUCCAGGCAGAGAAAGCUGAUUAAGAAACACAAUUUCGAUUCUGAAAGAUUCAAAGAGCUGGAGAGAAAAUGCAGAACGCGACUAGAUGCCACUGCCUCGAUUAAAAAACGAGUUGGCCUGGAACUGGAUCUAGAUGAUGCCAUGCAUAAAGAUUAACAUGUCAAGUUUGACAAUUUUUUUUUGGAGGAAAAUAUGUUUGUAACAAUGUGAUCCCUCCUGUUUUUAAGUAGGUAGGGGACAUAAUUUUUACUUGGACUUGUACAAUUUUGGGUACUUACCAUAACAGUUGGUUACCCAUCUUAAAGGGAGAACACUGAGAGAAAGUGUAAUGCCGGGCCAACUUCACAAAAAAUCUAACUAGGAUAACCAAGUUCAAUUUGAUGCAUACUUACAUACAUAUACACAUAUAUACUAGUGCUGACUUUCAUGGAUUGGACCCAA